GUCGGGCGGGGAGCGCUGAAGCCGGCGCUGCAGGGCAGCCCGGCCUUGGCGGUGGAAACCUUCCGCUUCAAGGACUCGCUGGCUGAGGACCUGGGGAGGGCGGACCUGGUCAUCAGCCACGCAGGUGCAGGUAGCUGUCUGGAGGCUCUAGAAAAAGGAAAACCACUAAUAGUAGUAAUAAACGAAAAGCUGAUGGACAACCAUCAGCUUGAACUGGCAAAACAGCUCCACAGAGAUGAGCAUGUCCUCUGCUGUAACUGCAGCACUCUUGUGGAGACACUGGAGUCGAUGGACUUGUCAACUUUGAAACCUUUUCCUCCUGGACAGCCAGAAAAGUUUGCUUUGUUCUUGGAUAAAGUUGUUGGGUUUCAAUAA